GACAAUCUACAGGGACGAACAGAACCAGCUUCUUCCUCUCUCUCAAUGAUUCUCUUUCUAGAGAUAGGAGAAAAAAGUUUCAACUUAUAAUAUCCAUUUGCCUCUCUCUUUAUCCUCUCAAAAAUCAUUUCUGUGUUGCAGAAUUGACUUCUUUUUAAUUUCCUGUAGUACUCGAAAACCUGUGGGUUUUUUUCUUGGUUAACUAAGCAGCUUUCUGGGCGGUUUGAGCUUAAAUCAGAACUAGCAGAUACUAAGAGAAAAGAUAGUAUUUUGGGUCAUAUCUUGGAAUAAUGAUGAUGUUUGAGGAUACGGGAAUUUGUGGGGAUAUGGAUUUCUUCAGUGCACCCCUUGGAGAAAAAGAUGUUGGAGCCUCACAAACCGAACUGGAGGCUACGGUGGAGGAUGAUUAUACCGAUGAAGAAAUCGACGUGGAUGAACUCGAGAGGAGGAUGUGGAGGGACAAAAUGCGACUCAAACGGCUUAAAGAGCAGAAUAAGUGCAAAGAGGGGAUCGAUAUUACCAAACAGCGUCAGUCGCAAGAACAGGCAAGGAGAAAAAAGAUGUCGAGGGCACAGGAUGGGAUUUUGAAGUACAUGCUGAAGAUGAUGGAAGUUUGCAAAGCGCAAGGGUUCGUUUAUGGGAUUAUUCCGGAGAAGGGAAAGCCUGUAACCGGUGCAUCUGACAAUCUUCGGGAAUGGUGGAAGGAUAAAGUCAGGUUUGAUCGUAAUGGUCCGGCUGCUAUCGCAAAGUACCAGGCAGAUAACUCGAUUCCUGGCAAGGAUGAUGGUUGCAACUCAAUUGGCCCUACUCCACACACCUUGCAAGAACUUCAAGAUACAACUCUUGGUUCUCUUUUGUCUGCACUGAUGCAACACUGUGAUCCUCCUCAAAGGCGGUUCCCUUUAGAGAAAGGCGUUCCCCCUCCAUGGUGGCCUACUGGAAAUGAGGAAUGGUGGCCGCAACUAGGAUUGCCCGAAGAUCAAGGUCCUCCUCCCUAUAAGAAACCUCAUGACUUGAAGAAGGCAUGGAAAGUUGGUGUUCUCACAGCUGUGAUCAAGCAUAUAUCUCCUGAUAUCGCCAAGAUCCGCAAGCUCGUGAGGCAGUCCAAGUGCUUACAGGACAAAAUGACAGCAAAGGAAAGCUCAACUUGGCUUGCCAUCAUCAAUCAGGAGGAGGCGCUGGCCCGAGAGCUUUACCCUGAUUCCUGCCCACCUUUGACCUCAGGUGGUGGAAACGUGUCUUUGGUUUCAAAUGACUGCUGUGAGUACGAUGUUGAAGGCAUGGAAGAUGAGCCACACUUUGAUGUGCAAGAAAUCAAACCCGGUACUAUCAAUUCUUCAAAUUUGGUCAUGGAGAGAAUGAGAGCUAUCCAACAACCACCAUAUACGAUCAAUGGGGAAGUAGCCUGUAGUUUGGAUUUCAUGCGAAAGAGGAAACCAUCGAAUGAUUUGAACUUUGUGGAACAAAAAUUCUAUACUUGUGAGUUCCCCCAAUGCCCUUGUAGUGAACUUCGCUUGGGUUUUCAUGAUAGGACUGCCAGGGACAAUCAUCAGUUGACUUGUCCUUAUCGAAACUCCUCCGCUGUGCCGUUUGGUGGAUCGAAUUUUAAUGUUAAUGAAGUGAAACCAGUAAUUUUGCCUCAAGCUUUCGGACAAUCCAAGCCAGCUGCGCAAUCGGUUUCAUCUGUCUCGACACCCUUUGAUCUAACUGGACUUGGAGUUCCAGAAGAUGGGCAGAAAACAAUCAGCGAUCUCAUGACGAUAUACGAUAACAUCCAAGGCAACAAGAACCUGAAUCCCGGUAACAAUCUACUUAGCAAAGGUCAAAACGUUCAUCCUAGAAUCCAACAGCAAGACGAAUUCUUCCAUGGUCAAGGAGUCAUUAUGGAAGGAAACUUCUUCGACGAGUCCAGCAUACUCCAUAACCAUCAGAUGUUUUCACAAGCGGAAGUUCAGUUUGAUCGAUUUAAGGGAUUGAAUUCUCCGUUAGAGAGCAACCAUAAUAACAACAGCUUCCAGUUGAUGUUUGGGUCCCCAUUUGAUUUAUCUUCUUUCGAUUACAAGGAAGAUCUGCAUGCAGUUGGGAUGGAUACAAUGCCAAAGCAGGAUGUUUCAAUGUGGUUCCAGUAACGAAGUCAAGGCUAAAACUGUAUUCUACCCAGUGGGCAUUAGCUAAAAACCUUAUCGUUUUCCUUUUUACUUGUUUUUGUAAUUUUCCUCCUGUCUGUAGAUGUAGAAGCUUAGCAAGUUUUAACAGGUUUUCAUCUGGGCUUAAAUAAGAAAACCAUUUAAGUCCUACGAUA